AUGAAUAAUGUUCUAGAACCGGGGAGCGGCUACACUCUGCGUAUGGACUCGCCGCGGCCACCGACCCGCCCCGCCGCGCCGGCGCCGGACUCGCCCGCGCUGCGCGCGCUGUUCGCGUCGCGCGCCGCCCGCGCGCCCGCCGCCAGCCUCGGGGACCCGGCGCCCCUGCCGCCAUCGUCACCGCCGAGCCUCGUCGAGCAGGUUGCAUCGGGGCCGCGCCUCGCUGAGCCGACUCCAUCGCUGCCGUGCCGCGUCGAGCCGGCUCCUUCACCGCCGAGCCUAGUCAAGCUGGCUCUAUCGCUGCUGACCUAUGUCGAGCCUGCGCCGUCCCCGCCUCGCCCUGUCUCGCCAGCGCCAUCAUCGCCUCGCCUCCCCUCGCCGCCGCGCCGCCCGCGCGCGCCCGGGCGCCGCACCGUGCUGUACUCGGACGAGGUGGGCGCCGGCCUCGGCGUGCUGCUGGCGCAGCGCUUGUCGCAGGGCGUCAUCAACGACUGUCACCCGGGGGCCUCUGUCGAUCGUCUGAUCGAAUCGAGAUAUCUUAAAAUUAUCCGCUACGCUGUCGGCGAUUGA